UCUGCAGGAAGCCACAGUGCAGAGGUCGAGGAGAGGCUAAUGAAUUACCUUCUGGAUCCGGAGAGGUACAAUAAACUGAUCCGACCAGCAGUCAACAACUCUGAGCUGGUCUCUAUUGUCUUUCAGGUCUCACUGGCACAGCUCAUCAAUGUGAAUGAACGUGAGCAGAUCAUGACAACAAACGUCUGGUUAAAGCAGGAAUGGAAUGACUACCGGCUGCGCUGGGACCCGGAGCAGUUCGAAGGGAUUCGUAAGCUACGGAUAAAUGCCAAGCAGCUUUGGCUCCCGGACAUCGUGUUGUACAACAAUGCUGAUGGGACCUAUGAAGUCUCUGUCUACACUAAUGCCAUUAUUUCCUACAAUGGAAGUAUCUACUGGCUGCCACCUGCCAUCUAUAAGAGUGCCUGCAAGAUCGAAGUGAAACAUUUCCCCUUUGACCAGCAGAACUGCUCCAUGAAAUUCAGGUCCUGGACCUAUGACCACACGGAAAUCGACCUGAUCCCCAAAACUGAUGGUGCAAGCAUGGAUGACUUCACGCCCAGUGGCGAGUGGGACAUAGUGAUGCUCCCAGGGAGGAGAAACACAAAUCCACUGGACCCAACCUAUGUCGAUGUGACGUAUGACUUCAUUAUCAGAAGGAAGCCCCUCUUCUAUACUGUUAACCUCAUUAUCCCAUGUAUUCUCAUAACCUCACUCGCCAUUCUGGUGUUUUACCUUCCAUCAGACUGUGGUGAGAAGAUGACUCUAUGUAUCUCUGUUCUACUUGCAUUGACAGUGUUCCUCCUGUUGAUUUCCAAGAUUGUCCCACCAACCUCCUUGGAUGUCCCAUUGAUUGGGAAGUAUCUGAUGUUCACCAUGGUGCUGGUAACAUUCUCUAUAGUGACCAGUGUCUGUGUCCUCAACAUUCACCACCGCUCUCCCAGCACGCACACCAUGCCCCAAUGGGUGAAGAACAUUUUCCUGAAUAGGUUGCCGUCCCUCCUGUUCAUAAAGAGACCUCAGAACAAUUGGACUAAACAAAAAUCACAUCAACACAGGAAGAGCAAUCUCUGCAAUGCCCAUGCAAGUCCAGAAGAGAGCAACAAGAACUUUGCUUUCUUUAUAAAUCCCACUUCGACCAAAGUUUAUGACUUCAACUUCGUGGAAGCAUCUGAUGGCUGCCACCAAGAUUUAAGGCUGAGAACUUCCACAAAGCUCCCAGCUGAACUGCAGGAUGCUCUCGAUGGGGUGAAAUUCAUUGCAGAUCACAUGAAAAAUGAUGAUGAAAAUCAAAACGUGACUGAAGACUGGAAAUACGUGGCCAUGGUGGUUGAUCGCUUGUUCCUCUGGAUUUUUAUUGUGCUUUGUGUCGUGGGAACAGUUGGAUUGUUUCUGCAGCCAUUUUGUCAGUCACAAAAACAUUGA